GCCAUGGAAACACAACUGUCUAAAUGGCCAGCUUGCUAUUAUAACGAAGCCAAUGGCCCAACCACCAGAAAGAAUAACUGCUCACCACCAGUUUACUCUGGGUACACAGAGGACAGCAAGACCAAUUUGAUAGUCAAUUACCUUCCUCAGAACAUGACACAGGAGGAACUAAAGAGUCUCUUUCGGAUCAUUGGUGAGAUAGAGUCCUGUAAGCUUGUAAGAGACAAAGCCACAGGCCAGAGCUUGGCAUAUGGCUUUGUGAACUACAUUGACCCUAAGGAUGCAGAGAAAGCGGUGAACACUCUGAAUGGAUUGAGACUUCAGGCCAAAACAAUAAAAGUUUCCUAUGCUCGCCCAAGUUCAGCGUCUAUCAGAGAUGCGAGUUUGUAUGUCAGUGGACUUCCUAAAACAAUGACCCAGAAGGAAUUGGAACAACUUUUUUCACAAUAUGGACACAUCAUUACUUCUUGUAUUCUUGUUGACCAGGUCACUGGCAUAUCAAGGGGUAUAGGGUUUAUUCAAUUUUACAAGCGGAUUAAGGCAGAAGAAGCUAUCAAAGGCCUAAAUGGUCAGAAACCUCCUGGUGCCUCAGAGGCAAUCACCGUAAAUUUUGCUAAUGACCCAAGCCAAAAAACUAAUCAGUCCAUCCUUUCCCAGAUGUACCCAUCUCCAAACAGAAGGUAUCUAGGACUUGUAGCUCAGCAAGCACAGCAUUCUCUAAACAUCAUUGAUGGAAUGACCAGUUCGGCUGGAAUUAAUAGCCCUGGGUACCCUGGAACAGGGUGUUGUAUUUUUGUAUACAAUCUGGCUCCAGAUGCAGAUGAGAUUAUCCUGUGGCAAAUGUUUGGGCCUUUUGGAGCUGUCAUCAAUGUGAAGGUCAUCCGUAACUUUAACACCAAUAAAUGCAAAGGUUUUGGAUUUGUGGUUAUGGCAAACUAUGAUGAGGCUGCUAUGGCGAUAGCUAGCCUCAAUGGAUACCGUCUGGGAGACAGAGUAUUGCAGGUCUCCUUUAAGACAAACAAAACGUACAAAGUCUAA